AUCCAAAACCUUAUGCAUAUAUGUGAUGGUCAAGAUAUGAUGGGCAAAGAGACCAGACAGUGAAAAAAAAUGGCAGCCAAAGUGGCUCUCUCUUCUUGUUUUUGCACUAGACUUCCACUCCCUUCCAAAUCAUCCUCACCAUCUUCUCUCACCCACACCCCCACUUCACCAAAGAAAAGGGCACAUCAUUUCAGCAUUCAUGCAAAGCUCGGAGGAGGAGAUGGAGAGAUCAAGCAGGGAGGGAAGAAGAAGUUCAUAACUAGAGAAGAAGAACCAGAACAGUAUUGGCAAACAGCAGGAGAAAGGGAAGGGGAGAACCCCAUGAAGACCCCCCUUCCUUACAUUAUCAUAUUUGGUAUGUCCACCCCUUUUGUUAUCUUAGCCAUUGCCUUUGCUAAUGGUUGGGUUAAGGUACCUGUUCGAUGAUGUGAUUAUACUAAUCUGAUUUGAUUAGUAAAUCCACCAAGUGCCAUCUCAUGUAUAAGCAUAUACUUCUACAGAUCUGCUUUGAAUUUCCAUGUCCCGAGUUUUGCUGUAGUUUUGUUAAUACAACACAAUAAGCUUAUUA